UCCACAUGUCUGUGUUUAUAUGGGAAAAAGGUUACCUAUAAAAAAGAGUCCCCCUUGGUCACAGUUAUCACUACACCUUGGCAGGCUAAACACACCGUGCUCCCCAUGUGUUCUCGCAGUCACUUUCAAUCCGUCGACCGGAGUACGAAUGAUAAUUUCGGCUUCUAAAAUCACACGAAAAGUUCUCCUUCUCGAGCAAACAUAAAUUGCAAAAGUCAUGAUAAAGUUGAAAGCCGAAAAUUGCAUAACUUGUACAAAAUUGCUUAGUUAGUGAACAUUUAGUGCUCAUAUCAAAUAAAAGUCUAAAUUAAAAAAUUCUAUAAAUAAAACACAAUUUGCAAUAAAAUACUUUCAUAACGACAUUUGUGAGAAAUUGUGUGAUCUUCUCGAUAAAACUCAUAAGUUUGCCAAAUUUAAUACGGUGGCGUACGUGCAGUGAUUUUAAUGAAUUAAACAAUUCUACAAAAUAAAUCUACAAAAAUUUAAUAAAAUGGAAAAAAGUGCGGCAAUGAAGUCAACAGAGAAGCCCCUACUUGUUAAGUAUCGCAAUAAAUUGUAUGAUAUCACGGAUUUUGCUCAUAAACAUCCCGGUGGAAUUGGUACAUUGGGAAAAUUGGACAAUAUGGACAUUACGCACCAUUUCUCCGCAAUGCCACCACAUUCACCGGCUGCCAAGUACCUCAUGAAGGAGUAUCGUGUAACAAAUGCACCAGAAACGGAACAAAAUGGCAAAGUGUCCAAUGGCAUUCACCUCAAUGGACACAACUAUCACCAUCGUGGCAAAGAGGCCAACAAUAAUGGUGAUCUUCAUACCGCAUUAGACGACAUCGACGACAGCAUGGAGUACCUAGUGGAUUGGUCUAGUGCGAUGAUUCCACAAAUAGCAAAUCUUGGAAGCAAUUAUGUGGAGUGGGUGAAUAAGCCGGUAGAUAGGCCGUUGCGCCUCUUCGGGCCGUGGUAUUUGGAAAUGUGUACAAAGACUCCGUGGUACAUUGUACCAUUAUUCUGGAUUCCCAUCAUAAUCUAUCUAGUCAUUAGAGGUAGUAAAGAUGUAGCAUUAAUGACGAAUGAGUCACAGCCUCUACAAAUUCUUUUAUCAUUCGGCACUGGAGUAAUUGUGUGGACCUUGCUGGAGUACUCAUUGCACAGAUGGGUCUUUCACAUGGAUACAAAGGAGAUGGGCAAGAUUUUUGCCACAUUUCACUUCCUUAUCCAUGGGCUUCAUCACAAAGUACCUUUUGAUCCAUAUCGCUUAGUCUUCCCGCCCGUCCCUGCCAUGAUAAUUGUAUCAUUUCUCUAUCCACCAAUUCGUCUUCUCUUCCAAACAUACUCUUUUGUGGUACUAGCAGGUGGAAUAUCAGGGUACGUGAUCUAUGACAUGAUUCACUUCUACCUCCACUACGGUAGCCCAUCGGGUGGGCAUUUGUAUUUCAUGAAGCGGUAUCAUUAUCAACAUCAUUUUGUCCAUCAUGAUAGAGGUUUUGGCAUUAGUUCAUCGGUUUGGGAUGAUAUUUUUGGGACAAAAAUUAUUCUGAGGCGUCUGAAGUACAUUCUCAAAUGGAAAUAGAAAAUAAAUAAACCUUUUAUACUUCUUAGAAUAAAACUUUAUUUCUACU